CUUCCUCCGCGGAGGCGGGGCCCGCCACAGCGCUUCCGGCGGGGCCGGCUGCGCUCCACCAUGGGCAAGAAGCACAAGAAGCACAAAGCCGAGAAGGCAGAAUGGCGCUCGACCUCCGCCGCCGCCUACAGCGAUUACGUGGACAAGCCUUUGGAAAAACCCUUAAAGCUGGUUCUUAAAGUUGGAGGUAAUGAAGUCACUGAACUCUCUGGGUCAGGGCAUGACUCUAGUUACUAUGAUGAUCGAUCAGAUCAUGAGCGAGAACGACAUAAAGAAAAGAAGAAAAAAAAGAAGAAAAAGUCAGAGAAGGAAAAAGAAAAGCAUCUAGAUGAUGAGGAAAGAAGAAAGAGAAAGGAAGAAAAAAAGAGGAAAAGGGAGAAGGAACAGUGUGAUACGGAAGGAGAAACUGAUGACUUUGAUCCUGGGAAAAAGGUGGAGGUUGAACCUCCUCCAGAUCGUCCUGUCAGAGCAUGCAGAACUCAGCCAGCUGAAAAUGAGAGCACACCAAUCCAGCAAUUACUGGAACACUUCCUUCGCCAGCUUCAAAGGAAAGAUCCUCAUGGGUUUUUUGCUUUUCCAGUCACGGAUGCCAUUGCUCCUGGAUAUUCCAUGAUAAUAAAACACCCUAUGGAUUUUGGUACGAUGAAGGAAAAAAUUGCAGCGAAUGAAUACAAAUCAGUCACUGAAUUCAAGGCAGAUUUUAAACUGAUGUGUGAUAAUGCAAUGACGUACAACAGACCAGAUACUGUUUACUACAAGCUAGCCAAGAAGAUACUGCACACAGGCUUUAAGAUGAUGAGCAAACAGGCAGCUCUUUUGGGCGAUGAAGACACAGCAGUUGAAGAACCAAUUCCUGAAGUUGUUCCUGUACAAGCAGAGACUACCAAGAAAUCCAAAAAGCAAAAUAAAGAAGUUAUUAGCUGCAUUUUUGAACCUGAGGGGAACGCGUGCAGCCUGACAGACAGCACUGCUGAAGAACAUGUCCUUGCACUAGUGGAACAUGCAGCAGAUGAAGCUCGGGAUAGGAUCAAUCGAUACCUACCCAAUAGCAAGAUUGGUUAUCUGAAAAAAAAUGGAGAUGGAACUUUAUUAUUUAGUGUAGUAAAUUCAUCUGAUCCAGAUGCAGAAGAGGAAGAAACUCACCCAGUGGAUCUGAGUUCACUGUCAAGCAAAUUACUACCUGGCUUCACUACUUUGGGCUUCAAAGAUGAACGAAGAAAUAAAGUAACCUUUCUUACCAGUGCCAAUACAGCACCUUCCUUGCAAAACAACUCUAUAUUUCAUGAUUUGAAACCAGAUGAAAUGGAGCUCCUAUACUCAGCAUAUGGUGAUGAAACUGGGAUCCAGUGUGCCUUAAGCUUACAAGAAUUUGUAAAGGAUGCUGGAAGUUACAGCAAGAAAGUAGUUGAUGAUCUUCUGGACCAGAUCACUAGUGGUGACCAUUCCAAAACUAUUUAUCAGCUAAAGCAGAGGCGAAACAUCCCAGUGAAACCACUGGAUGAAGUUAAAGUUCUGCCAGUUCUUAUAAAAGAAGAACACAAGUUGCGUAAUACCUGUCUGGAUUCUUCCAAACAGAUUAUGGUAGGAGAAUCUGCUGGAGACAGUAACACUUCUGACUUGGACUUUCUCUCCAUGAAGCCAUAUUCAGAUGUAUCUCUUGAUAUUUCUAUGUUAAGUUCGUUAGGAAAAGUGAAAAAGGAGCUUGAUCAUGAUGAUAACCAUCUACAUCUGGAUGAAACAACUAAACUGCUACAGGACCUUCAUGAAGCUCAGGCUGACAGAGUGGGAUCCCGGCCGUCAUCCAAUUUGAGUUCCCUCUCCAAUACCUCCGAAAGAGACCAACAUCAUCUUGGAAGCCCCUCUCAUCUGAGUGUUGGAGAACAGCAAGACAUGGUUCAUGAUCCCUAUGAAUUUCUUCAGUCUCCAGAAACCUCAAAUGCUACUAGUAACUAAUCUGACAUGUACUAUAUUUAUUUUGUAUUUUAAUUGUAUUAUGUUUUUAUAAAGUUUUUGUCCAUGACAGAAACUGCAUUUUUGUCCUCUUUUCUAUGAGGAUUGCUGUAUAAUAUCAUGUAUACAGGAUUAAACAAGCAAACGUAUAAAAACCCCAACCCCAAACUAAUUAGUGCAUAAUGUCGUUAGCAAUGUACCAAGAUCUGCUUUCAUUUUGUUUGUUAAGGGAGAGUGUUAUUCACUGGUGGGUGAAUCUUGCCUGAAAAGCAGCAAAUCAUGUGUUAGAAAAAUUUAUAUUUUAUAGACACUGAAAAGUGAUAAUUUUCCCAGAAUCAUGGCAACAAUCUUUAAAUGUUUGCAUUACAAUUAUAAGCUAGUUCUGUAGAUAAUUGUUCUGUUCUCUACUGUUCAGGUUAAGACCUGAACACCUCCGAGGAAGAACAAAGAACUGCAUUAAUUUGGAUCAUUAUUGUGUUUUCAAUCUCCAAAUGCUAAUAAUCUGCAUAAAUUGUUUUAAACAUUUCCCUAUAUUUUAAAAUAGUUUUUAAUCACUGCUGAGAGCACUUAACUUUGUAGUUCCAGUAGAAUGCUCAUCUACAAAACUUCUACCGUGGAUUUGAAAAAGAUGAAUGUUUUUGUGAUACCUUGUAUCAUGUAACACAAAGAAAAGAUAAUACUUGUAUUUUUUAAUAUGAUGUGUAUAUCUCAUAGGGUGAAAAAAAUACUGGAUAAGGUGUGCUUUUCAGUAAUACCAAAAUAAAACUUUUAUAAUACAUCAAUACUGAAACUGAGGGGUUUUGUACUAGUGCUAUUUGCAAGCAGACCAAUGUUAGGAAUUUACAUUAUUUUGUAAAUAUUAAUAAAAAUAGAAAAUCAGUUUUGAUGUAUAGAAAAUCUGUUGUUCAUACGAGGGAGAAGUUUGCUUCCUUAUACUAAGUCUGAAGUACUAAAGAGUUUUGGGUUGAAUUAAUGUGCUGCUUCAGAAGAUGAAUUUCAUCAUGCCACAUGUUGCUAUGAACAAAAAACCCUUUUAGUUUUAGUAACCUCCUCAGUUUUUAGUAACCAUGAAGGAAGUCAGAUAACUGAUAGUAAAGUCUUGAUAGAGAAGAUUGUUUUCUUCCAAGUGAGAGUACUGAAGAAGGAACACAGUGAGGUUUUUCUGUCUGGGAGUUGUUAGGAUUGUGUGUGGCACUGUGCUUGGGCCCCAUUUCUGCUCCUGCAUUCUGAUGCAUCAUGACCAUGGGUUCUUGGAAGUGACAUGGAUGAUCUGCUGUAUUGCAGCAGUGUUGUUGGCAAGGAUUUGCAUGGAAACACAGCCUUGUGUCAGUUUGCAGCUUCCCUAAAGUAUUUAAAUUGAAAAGUGGCUUUAAAUCUAAAGUGCUUUUGGUCUCUAGUAAGUCUGAUUUCUCAUACAGUAAAUAUAAAUUGAUUUCUGGAAUAGACUUUAAAUUAUAGUUACAGCUGGUGAGGAAAUCUUUAUUGAAGCACUUGCUGUUGAAUUGGCUGCCUUAGCUCUUGAAUAAAAUUUCACAGAAGAAUGUUUAAAAUACCCCUCUAGAGGAAUGUGCUGGUUUGUUCUGGUUUUUGUUUGAACUGCAGUGUUUGCUACUGAAAACUGAAAUAAGGUACCAUAUCUUAUUUGAUACCUUCACCUUGGAUUUUAGGCAGAAUGUAUUCAAACUCUGUGAAAUUCUGUAGAUCAGCCUUUUUGGGCUCCAUGAGCUGUUUGUAUAAAAGGCUGGAUGUUGUUUGCAUCAUUACUGUACCAGAGAGCACUUUGUGCCUGAGGAAGGUUUGCUUAUUUAUUCAGCCUAUCGGGCCCUUAAGCAAUGUUAGUUAUGCACAGCAAUUUCCAGCUGCUGUUCCAUGGGUGCUGGACAGUCCCUUCACUAGGCCUACUGUCUGCAUUCCCCAGGGAAAAAAAUGCUUUUAGGACAGAACUUCUUUGUAGAAGCAAAGAUAAUGUUUUUGCUGUGGUGCCUUCUCAAAAGACAUUGGCUUGUACUGGCAGACAUUGACUUGUAACCUGUUUGCUGAAUGUACUGAGACACGUGAUUAGACUCACUAAAUGCCACAAGAAAAGCUUUCUUUUGUUUUGUUUCUUUGAGAAAUCUCAUUCUUCUAAAUUUUAUAGAAAGAUUGGACUCUUGAGUUUGCAGCCUCUGGUAAAAUGCUAAAAUUUUAAAAUAAGUUGUUAAAGUAAUAUCUUUCAGGCAUUUGUUUGUCAUGGUGCAUUUUUACUGAUUCUUGGGCUAAAAGAGAAUCUCUUGCUCCUCUUUGUUGGUGUAUGUGCCUAUGCUUGUACCAAUGGUACACUCUUGCAUCUUCCAAAUGAUUCUGGUUUAUUUGAAAAAAAGCCUUAAGAAGAAAUUUGCCUGUCCUUUCCUUACUCAAUUAAAGGAUAAAAAAUUCUGUAAGCCAUGUCUUAUUUGCUCUUGUCUCUGCAGUAGUAAGUUCAUAUACACAGAAAAGCUUUGAACUAACCAGUAAAGGCCUCUAAUCUUAUGGUCCUAUUUAAAUACUAAGAAUUUGAAAAACUUGAUUUAGUUCUCUGAAUUUAUUUAACAUAUAUCAUUAUUUAUUUAAUCUGAGAUAAAACACCAUUCCUUUCCAGUGUGUUUGGUAGAUAUUUCCUGUUUGGCCCAUUUGGGGGAUGAUGCCUUGUUCAAAUCUGUAAUACAUAAUAUGUAACAUCUUCUAGCUAGGUGGCACUGUAUGUCAAUAAACUCUAUGCGAGUUCCCAUCGGUUGGAAUAUGCUGCAUUGAAAAAGAGGGGAAAUUCCUUGGUUGUUUUGUAAAAUCAACCCAGGGUUUAUAAAAAAUUGAGAAAAUUAAAUGCAUUUUUUCAAUUUUUCUCUGUAAUAACUGUGUCCAAAAGCACUAAGGAUGUAAGCAAUAUUAAGAGAAAUCUUAAGUCUGUUCUUCCACAAUGUAGAAAUAUAUCAAUGAAAAUGUAAAAUGGUUUAAAUAACUGUUCUUUCCUCUGUUUUUGUAUGUCUAUCAUUAAACUCAUGUUUUAGCACAGUCAUCUUCAGUGACAGCAAAGGGAAUGUUGAGACUAUAUUGCACAUAUAGCAAACAUCUUUGUAAGCAAGAAUUUAGCAUGGAGCAACUUUAUUCCACUCUCUGAGAUAACACAAGUACAGCGACAGAACUUACCUGAAAAUAUUAGGUGAAAAAUAAAAUUAAAAAAAAAUCUUUGUAA